CAAGCCGAAGAGUUCUUAAUUUAUUCGAGUUCAAUAUCAACAGKCACAGAAUUAUGGACCGUGCUAUUUAGUUUGGCGUAAAAAUGUUUUUUAUUCGAUACUUCGCUGAUGCUUCAAGACUUUUGAGUAAAUUUCUUAUUUCAUAAUGAAAAUUACAGUUUGUUUUAACUCAGUUCGGGUCAUAGUUCCUUGUGGAAAUGGCGACCUAUCCGUCGAAGACUUGACCCAACGAGCUAUAGCCCGCUACAAAAAAGCCACAAAUAAGCACCCAGAUGAUAUUGUGCAAGUUCAGGUUUUAGAAACAACAGAAGAGAGAGCAAUUCUAGACCGUGACGAUGUGGUUAGUGAUGUUCUUGAUGACAAAGACAAGGUUAUUGCUAUAUUUGAAGAACAAUCAAUCAGUCGCCCAGCACAUAAUGGUGGAGAUGGGAUGAGUACAUCCUCUGUUGGUACAUCAAGUCCAGAUAUUUUUCAAUCUGAAUUAACAGCCUUUCAUAAUGAUUUGAAUACUAAGUCAAAUUUGAUGACAACCAAAGAUGAAAAUCAUAAUGAUACUACUCCUUCAAAAUUGGUUGUGGUAUCAACACACAUCAAUGAAAAACUUCCACCUCCACCUGUUGCUCCAAAACCAAGAGGCUAUAAGAGRAAAGACACACAUAUGCUACCUGAUAGCCUGCCUUCAGAGGAUUCUGGAAUAUAUGUAAUAACAAGAAACCGUAUAGGAUCAGAUUCAUCCAAAUCAGAAUUCAGUGAAAUGUCCCCUCGUGUCAUUAGAACAGCAGAGACAGCAUUUGUUGCAAUUGGUACUCCAAUUCAAGUUGAUGCUCAAUUUAACUUCAAUGCAAACUCAGAAAACAAGAAAAAUGAAUCAGAAAAAGAUUUUGAACUAGAAGAUGAUGAUGGUACCUUUUCUCUUGGACGGAACUCAGGCAGACAGAGUAUGUUUGUGGAUAAUCCAGUUUUAGACAGAUGGGCAGAAUUACAGCGUAAAAGAAUAUUAGAUCAGCAAGAGGAACGACAAGAUCCAGCAGGUGCCUCCAUGUCCCCAACAGAAGAAAGAGCAUUUAGCAGUAAUGUAUAUGGUCAAGACAAAAUGGAUGGCUGUGACUCUAUUUGUAGUGGAGAAUCAGAUGACACUUUAACCAUCAACUUGCAACCUGAAACUCCUGGUGACCUUGGUUUUGAAGUUGCUGGCUACAAGACAGCUGAUGGAAGAGAACUUGGUCUUAUUGUAAGAGAAAUUUCUAGUACUGGCUGUGUUGCUAAGGAUGGACAAUUACAGGUUGCAGAUAGAAUAUUGCAAAUUAAUGGCAAGAAUUUGGUAGAUAUACCCAAUGAAAGGGCUGAAGAAAUAUUUGGGGAAGAAUGCCAUGCUCCACUUGUUCAACUUGUGGUUUCUGGUGCACAUUCAUUUGUAAAUGAGAACAAGCAGAAUGAAAUUUGUAAACUGCAAGAAAUUGAAGAACAACAAGCCAUUCAAGAAAAAUGUAUGUCAUCUGAACCCAAUGGAAUUGAACCUCCACCUGGAUUUAGGGAUAUUGGAAAAUCCAUCUCAAACAGUGAUCUUCAAUUAUCUACAAAUGUCAAGAAGAUCAAUAAAAGAUUUCUCAUUGAAUUGAAUAAAGGUUCAGAUGGAUUAGGGUUUAGUAUAACAACACGAGACAAUCCAGCAGGUGGCAACACACCAAUUUUUGUGAAAAGCAUUUUGGCCAAGGGUGCAGCAAUUGAGGAUGGACAGCUUAAAAGUGGAGAUCAGAUCAUUGAGGUUAAUGGUACAGAGAUGUCUGGUAAAAGCCAAGGAGAAGCAGUCAAUAUACUUCGAAGUACAAGAGGUCUUGUUAAGUUACUAAUCCAAAGAGAGGAAAUGAUUCAAGCUCCUGCAAGAUCAUCACUUGAGGUCAAUGAAGAAAGUACAAAAUUUCUUCGUGAAGAAGGUAAACAAGUGCUGACAUUUAAGAUUCCUCUAAGCCAUUCUGGAGCUGCUGGUCUUGGUAUUAGUGUCAAAGGGAAAAUAGGUGGUGAUACUCCGCAAGACACAGGAAUUUAUGUUAAGUCUGUUAUUGCUGGAGGGGCAGCUCAGAAGGAUGGAAGACUACAAGCUGAAGAUCAACUGUUAAGCGUAAACAAGGUAUCAUUUUUGGGUAUACCAAAUGCAGAAGCUAUUGAAAAGCUAAGGACAGCAAUGCAGACCACACGUCUUGGACAAGCCUUCAUUGAAGUUACAAUAGCACGACUUAAAGAUAGUGAUGUAGAAUCAGUUAAUGAUUUGCAACAUUGUGAACAAGAAGAGAGACCCAUUGAAGCAAGUUUACAAGYACCAGUCGAAGAUACUAAUGAAACUGACCAAGGUCCCAUUGAAAUAAGCCAACAAAACCUAGUCCAAAAUARUCCCUUGGAACCUGACAUGGAAGAAAAUGUCCCCGAAGAGAAUGAACAAACAAGUGUUGCUAACGGCUCCCAAGAAGAAGACAGUUUUAAGGAAGGUCCCCCAGUCCAAUUAAAUCUAUCACCGAGUAAAUACAGGAAUGCUGUACAAAGAAAUGAGUCCUACUGUUUCGCCAUCAAAGGCCCUUACAAGAAACAUCCAAUACGACCAAGCCCCCUUUUAGCGAAAAGUGCCGAUACCUUUCAAGACAGGCCAUCAAGUACUGUUGGGCUGCCUACUCCUCCUUGUGAUACAAAUGGACAGUCCAAGAGCCGAAAUCCAACCCCAGUGCCUCCUCCACGGGGAGACUCGUUCAAUAACGCCACAAUGGCAAAUUAUCAAAUACGCAAACAUAUAUCAACAUCAAGUACGAAUGAUAAACAUGGCUUAAAAAAUGGCCAACAACUUGUGCCAUCAUCGCCAAACAGAAUAAACGUAGAUGUAAAGGAAAACAACUCAACUCGUGCAUCGUACCACAGGUUACCGUCCUACGAGCAAACAUUAGAGAGAAUACGAGGACGAUCUACAGGAUCAGAUGAAGGUCACGAGGAAAACAACGAUGACAUAAUCAAUGAUAGCCCUUUUGAAAGAGAGGGUUUUGGACGACAAUCCAUGUCAGAAAAGAGAGCACGCGCUUCGGUUGAUGCAAAAAAGACUCAAAUGUAUCAAAUUCGAGAAAAGCAAAAAGAAAUCAAUAAAAGCAAAACGUCCAACGCUAUUGUGAAUGGUAGUAAUCCCCCUUUACGCAAGGCUAAAUCAGAGGGUCAUAUGCAGACCAAUGCAGUUAAUGGGGACAAAGGCUUACAACCGAACACUCGACAAAUGUGGAAGUCAACAUCAGAAAGUUCAAUAAGUGAUGGCGACGUGCGAAAAGCAAGCACUAGUAACCAUAGUUUUAGAAAUGCUAUAGAAGGACCCUCGUCAUCUGUGUCUAAUGGUGUACCUCGAACAAGCCAAUCUGAAGAGCAAGAAAUUCCUAUCACCAUGACGAGCAAAGCGGAUUUCAAUGCUGUGCAACAAAAACUUGCCAAGAAACCAUUUUAUCGCAAAUUUAAAAUUGGUAAAACACGCAGAGGUGAAUAUAAUUUAGCUGAUGCCGAAGGAUCGCCGAAGCAUUCCUUGUAUGGCCAAGAAGCUCUUAUCGAUUUUCCGUCGGAACAGAGGUACCGCCAGCUUGUAAGUCAUUAUGACGACGAUUUGACCAAUCGAUCAAACUCCUUACCGAACAGACGACGAAUGGACCAAACAGAUGGAAACCAAGAACAGAGCAGUAAAGUUAAAAUAGGACGAGUGAUAAUGUCAGAACCAACUAGAGUUUAACAGAAAAUCUGRAAAAUAUUUUUAAUUUUUACAACAUUAACAGUCUCAUUUUGGCUAUGGAACCUCUUCGUUCUAUGGAAGACGUUUCUGAAUCAGGCGUGUGCAACAARUCUAUCAAAGAGUCUGUAGUCAAAGAGCCAUGGUUAACCGUGAUGCACUGCGGUCAAUUCAAGUAAAAAAUUGAUUGACUUUGAGGUGAUUCAGAUAGAAUGUUCAGCUAAUACAGAAUAGAUGGUUGACGAUGUAUUAAAACAUAUUUUGAUUAGUCCAAAACAUAAACAGAAGAAUCAUGCUAGCGGUGGUUCUUUAGAAGAUAUAUUCACUAUUCAGUCAUGGGAUGACCGGCAUGUUCGUACAGUAGCUAUUCCAAAGACGGUCGAUGUACCAAAAACAUUGCAGCUAAAUCGUUCAGACCUAUUUUAUCUAUAAUAUAUUAUWCAGAAAAAGUUAAAUGGAAAAAAUUCCGUAGUAUUCCGAAAAGUUGAUAUUUUAUAUGUUAGUUUUUGUUAAAAGGGCUUCUUUUAUGAUCGAAGGUAAUUUUACAUUUUGAAAAGUUCGAAUAAGCUAAUGAURUUGAUACGGCAUGGGAAUGCUGGAGAAGGCACAGUGUGAGGUACGUAUAAUCUAAAACUUCUGUCCAUAGAGAUGGAAAUGCUUCGCAUUUUAGUAACAAUUAGCUUACGAGUCAUUUAAAUAGCUGAAAAUAAUCAGAAGGAAUCAAAAGGACCAUUUGUGCGCCAGUGAUGCUUUAGGCGCCCUUCAAUUCGGCCGCCAUCUUGUAUUAAACAAAAAAUUWUUAGCGAAAGUAAUAAUUAGCCACAAUUCUAUAGAAGAAAUUGCUUCUUGACGAACACAUAGUUUUGACAUAUUUCAAGAUGGGGACUGUAUUGAUGAUAAAGUCCAUUUGAUUUGCUUGCUAGCGUUCAAAUGAUGUGAACAAUGCACAAAUUAAGACRCGUCUUUUGUGAAGCACACCUAUAUACUUUGCUUUCUAGAAUUUUUCUUUUUCACAUAUACGUUUAACACAUUGUCUGAAACAAGGAGAUACUGCAAACAUUGUUCAUGUUCAUAUACGUGACUGAUACUAGCCUGUGUAGCCGGGCCUAAAGAGACGGGUACUCGAGCUAAAAUUGAUACAAGACUGUCAACGCAAAUAAAUCACCUAUUUUUAUAACAUUGAA